UCUUCUCUACGUACAAUAGUCUCAGCUCACACCAUCUGCACCAUUUGUAGUUGAUAAUUAUAGCAAUGGCCUCUACCAACAGCUGGACCCACGAGAUUCAGUCGCAGGUGGCCGCGCCGCGCAUAUUUUGUGCAUGCGUCACCGACUGUCACACUCUGGCACCCAAGCUCGCCCCACACAUCAUCGAGAGCGCCCACCACGUUGAGGGAGAUGGUGGUGUCGGCAGUAUCGGGCACUACAACUGCGGCUCAGCUGUGCCCUUCAACGUCGUGAAGAAGAAGAUCCAGUUCCUCGAUGUGGACAAGUACGAAUGCAAAUACACCAUCGAGUGUGACGGCAUUGACAUGGCCACGUGGAACAUCAAAAUUAAGCCAACGGAAAAUGGUGGGAGUGUGGCGAAGGUGGAAUGCACGUACAACUGCGUGGAAGGUAAGGACAUGAUGCUCAAGGCCAAGGACUCUGGCAUCGAUAUGUUCAAGACUGUUGAGGCCUAUCUCAUCGCCAACCCGGAUGCCUAAAACUAAGUUAGCAAAGAGGGUCAUACAUAAUAAUGGUGUUUUCUUCCCAAUCGAAUAAAACUGCUCCAACCUCGGUGGUAUGGCAGAGCAAGCUGGGUGUGAACUUAUGAAAUUAAAUAUAAGGAAGUUGGGUGCGUACUUCAGUGUGGGUUUGUUUGAAGGUGUUGUUGCUUUCUUAUGUAUCUUCCUCAUGGUUCUGCACAAGAAUAAAAGAAAGUAUGCUAAAUA